AGAUAAAGUACAGUUUAAACACUGUAAGUGCAGCUUCUGCUCAGCAUCUCAGUCCUCUCAAGAUGUCCUCAGAUAUUUAUGCUGAACCAGAUCUAUCAAAGAAGGUGAGAUACAGCAGAAAGGAGCAGGAGGACAGAGCAGAGUGGCAGCAGAGGGAGGUGGAUACCUACGAGAGUGCAGAUGACAUCAGAGAUAGUUAUGAUCAUUUUCAGUCACAGGAAGGAGGACCACAGACUCAGAAUCCUCCUUCAGUCCAGAAGGGCUCUUUCAGAUGUGCUACACUGGCUCUAAGAGUGCUGUGCCUCCUGAUGUUAGCUGGGAUCAUCAUCCUGUCCAUAUGCUUUGGUUGGAGUAACAGUCAGUUACAGAGCAGUUAUGAUAAACUGAGUAAAAACCACAGUCAGCUACAGGAAGAAGUGAAGAAGCUGAAGGAGAAGAUAGAAGAGAAGUGUCCUGAUCGAUGGACGAGAUUUGGAAGCAGCUGUUACUUUAAAUCCACUGAGAGUAAAACUUGGUCUGAGAGCAGGAGAGACUGUCAGGAUAAAGGAGCUGAUCUGGUGAUGAUAAACAGCAAAGAGGAACAGGAAUUUGUCAAUGAAUUCGGAGGAUUCUUCUGGAUCGGUCUGACAGCCAAACAGACAUCAGGACGAUAUAAAUGGGAAUGGGUGGACGGAUCAGCGCUGACAGAAACGUGAGACAUUAGUUUGUUUCUAUUCCAGAGUUA